UGAUUGUGAUUGUGAUUGUGAUCCCGGAAGUGAUCAUCACAGUUGUUAUCGUCUGAUGGCCGGUAGAAGGUAAAAGGCUCUGUUGCUUUUUUGAUUACAACUGAACAGUGAAAAUUAAUAUGGAAUUAUGAUGAGCUGGAUGCUUUGGAGAGGAACCGAUGACGGAAUACCUGAAAGAUGUUUUCAACUUUUUUUAAGGAGGGAGGUAUUUAAUAAGGUAUUACUUUAUACUGGAGAUUCGUCAUCUCGAGGUAGUUGCUGCAUAUAUAAGCCGAAGGUAUUUUGGUGUUAGCAUCUCAGUUCAGUGUCAGAUUUCAAUCGUUGAUCAUCUGUGGUUUUUAAAACUAAAAAAAUGUACAAGUUGGCUGUUAUCUUGGGAUUGGUGUCCGUGGUGUUGUCGGCGCCGGUGGAUGAUACCACCACGCCAGUUCCGAUAGUCAAAUUCGAGCAAGACGGCCCCAACCCCGACGGCUCUUACUCCUUCAGCUACGAAGGUGGAAACGGAGUCAAAGCCGAGGAGGCUGGGUCUUUGGUUCAAUCUGCCAACAGCGAGUCAGGACAAGCUAUGUCUGUCAAGGGAUCUUUCUCUUACACCGGUGAAGACGGUGUUGUCUACAACAUUGUCUACGUCGCUGACGAAAAUGGAUUCCAACCACGAGGAGACCAUAUCCCUACUUCUCCACCAAUCCCUGAAGAAAUUCUCAAGGGCCUUGAAUACAAUGCCGCUCAUCCUGAAGAAAAUAACAUCGACGCUCCCGAAAAAUGAUUUUUUUAUUGAUAUUCUGUUUAAAUAAAUUCUUAUUUCUCUUCUUUUA